UCGGUGGGGAAACGUUCCCCUACAAACCCGCAUCAGGGUCUUCUCCAAACGUUCCAACGCGCAUCGGACGGUUGGACGGACCUAACGACUCCUAUGUGGGGUAGUCCGGUUGUCCUUUUCAGUCAUUUUUCACCUCCCCCACCUCCCUCUCCUUCUCCCUCCUCCUCUGUUAUUGUUUAAAUAGUCUCCUCCGCCUGCUCCUCUCUUUUUUCUUCUUCUUCUUCUUUUUCUUCUUUUUCUUUUUCAUAUCGUCUUCCGCGUUAAUCUUGUUUUCGGAAACCCUAGAAGGCAACUAUCGACAACUUGUGAAUUCUGUAAUGUACAUUAAUUGCAACUUGUAAGGGUUAUUUAUUAAGCCUUUCCUCUGCAUCAUCAUUCUUUGUCGAAUUCUGAAAAUUUUUGUUAGUGAUUCUUGCCUUUAAAAACUUUUGAGAUACAAGGUUUGAUUUUGUUUUUUCCUAGCUGUCAUUCGCUGGAAAAAUUCUGUAGUUUUGGCUGGAAUUCUUGGCUUAAGAAGGUUAAUUCUUUUAUUAGAGUUGCCUUUGAUGUGUCUGGAAUUUUUGAAGAUUUUACUUCUUUUCACUUGGUUAUUGUUUGAGAGGAAUUCUUGGUUCAUGAUUGCUUUGUGAUGGAGAACAAUGGUGAAACCGGGGAUGAUCAAGGAUCGGGAUGGUUCGAAGUGAGAAAGAAGCAUAGAACGGGUUCCAAGUUUUCUAUACAAAAUUUGGUGGGGGGAUUUUCAAGCAAACCCCCUUCUAAUUCUCUGCGGAGUCGGUCAUUCCCAAAUGAAAAAAGUGGAAAUUCUCAGGCCAACAAGAAAUCUCAGCCUUCCAAAGCUGGGGCUGGUUUGGCAUCACAUUACCAGGUCGGUCAUGAAAAUUCUUUUUUGGUGGCUGAAGAAGCAGAGAAAGCUGGCAAAUGUGUUGCUAAACAUAGAGUUGAUCAAGAUUUGGAGCAUUCCAACUCGCCUCCCGUUAGACCCAUUAGACCUGUUAGUGUUGCAGGUUUGAAGAGUGGAACCGACUGUGUUAAUGAAGUCACUCAGGAGGAAAAGGUGGAUAUGGUGCCAAAAAUCAGGUGGGGUGAUUUAGAAGAUGAUGCUUUGGUACUGCAUUGCCACAAUGCUGAUCGAACUAAAAUAAAAUUUGGUGAUAUUGGGGAUGAUACGAUAGUUGUUUAUAGAAAGGCUGCGAAUUCCAAUGAUUCAUUGCCAUGUGUCCCUUCAUGUACUGAAUCUCAAGAGGAGAAAGGGGUGGUAACACCUGUAUGUUCAAGUCAUGCUCCUGAUCAGUUGGACUUAAUGGUUUCAAGGGAUGAAUCUGCUGAGGAGAAUCAUAAAGAGGUAGUAGAGAUAUCUUCUAAUGGUAUGGGUAGAGCAGAUUUGGUUGAAAAUUCUGAGGAGAUUAACAAUGAUACAUUUGGUCUCAUUAGUAAUGAUUCUGCUAAUGUUUUGAGGUUGAACAAUCCAGCUAGUCAAAACCGUGCUGUUGAAGAGUUUCCAACCCCCACGGCUGUCCAAGGACCAAAAGAUAAAUCUUAUGAAGGAGCUUUAGACAUUUCUAAAGUACCAGUUGCAAGUGAAAUUUCAAGUGGUGAUCUGGGUGACCAAGUUUCACCUUCACCUCCAAUCCAAACUAUUAGUCCUGAAGCUCCUGGUGAUGUUUUAGUAACAGCUGCUGCCGAAGACUGUAGCUCAUCAGAGUGUGGUACACUAACUGAGGAUUUGCCAAAGGUUGAGACAAUGACUGCUUUAGAAGAAGGUGAAUCAGGUGAAAGCAAAGAAAGAUUUAGGGAGCGGCUUUGGUGCUUUCUCUUUGAGAAUCUUAACAGAGCCAUAGAUGAACUUUAUCUUCUUUGUGAAUUGGAAUGUGAUUUGGAGCAGAUGAAAGAGGCUAUUCUUGUUCUUGAAGAAGCUGCAUCUGAUUUUAAUGAACUAAAUUCCAGAGUGGAAGGAUUUGAGAGUGUAAAAAGAUCUUCUCCAAUGGGUUCGAUGCAAGUGAACAUGAAGACAGACCACCGCAGGCCACAUGCUCUCUCCUGGGAGGUUCGAAGAAUGACAUCAUCACCUCACAGAGCUGAAAUACUGUCUUCAUCUCUUGAUGCUUUCAAGAAAAUUCAACAGGAAAGAGCUAGCAUUUGCCCAGCUCUUGAUGCAAAAGGCCUGGGAAUUGGGUAUGAAGAUUCUGAUCAUGUUUCGGCUGAUGAUGCAAGGAAAUCGUCUCAUAGAAAUGAUGCAAUAGUAAGUGGCAAAGAAUCAUUAAGAAAAUCAAAGAAGCAAAAUACAGUUUUGGAUCUCGGUCAGGGUAUCUUGAAUGGAGAAAAGAGGAAUAUUAUGGAAGUAGGCCGGUCAAACAAAGCAUAUUCAGAGAAAAAUUGCCGCAUGCCUCUGCAGAGAUCAUCCACUCCUGAUGAAGCAUCUCAGAUGUCUUUGAAGGAUGGCACUGCUGCUUCUCUUUCUGGGAAAAGCAGAGGAGAACACCUUGGAGCUGCUUUAGGAAUGGAGAAGCCAGUUCCUAAAAAGGAUAAAUUGUCCACAGAAAGUAAGGUUGAGAAAAAUUCAAAAUCUGUGGAUUCCAUCAAAAGACAAAUUGCACUCCCUGACAAAGAGAAGGCAAAGGAAAAGAGAAAUGCGGCAUGUUGGAAAUCUAUGGAUGCUUGGAAGGAGAGAAGGAAUUGGGAUGAUAUCCUUGCAUCCCCACUGCGUAGCUAUUCCCGUGUUUCACAUUCUCCAGGCAUGAGCAGGAAAAGUGUGGAGCGUGCACGGGUUUUACGUGAUAAACUAAUGUCUCCAGAAAAGAAAAAGAAGACUGCUUUGGAUUUGAAAAAGGAAGCAGAAGAAAAGCAUACCCGGGCAAUGAGGAUUAGAAGUGAGUUGGAGAAUGAGAGAGUGCAAAGACUGCAGCGUACAUCAGAGAAAUUAAAUCGUGUUAAUGAAUGGCAGGCAGUGCGCAGCAUGAAGUUGCGGGAGGGAAUGUAUGCUCGCCACCAGCGUAGUGAAUCACGGCAUGAGGCUUAUCUGGCUGAAGUUGUGCGAAGAGCUGGUGAUGAAAGCAGUAAAGUCAAUGAGGUUCGUUUUAUUACUUCACUAAAUGAAGAGAAUAAAAAGCUUAUGCUCCGACAGAAACUUCAAGAUUCAGAACUUAGGAGAGCUGAAAAGCUUUUGGUAGUUAAGAGUAAACAGAAAGAGGAUAUGGCGAGGGAAGAAGCAGUGUUGGAACGUAGGAAACUCCUUGAAGCUGAAAAGCUGCAGCGUCUUGCUGAGACACAGCGGAAGAAGGAAGAAGCUCAGAUAAGAAGAGAAGAGGAACGCAAGGCCUCAAGUGCAGCACGUGAAGCAAAAGCCAUAGAACAACAGCGCAGAAAGGAAUCCAGAGCCAAAGCCCAACAAGAGGAAGCUGAACUCUUGGCCCAGAAAUUAGCAGAAAGACUUAGUGAAAGUGAACAGCGUAGAAAGUUCUACCUAGAGCAAAUACGGGAGAGAGCUUCUAUGGAUUUCAGAGACCAGUCAUUGCCUUUACACCGCCGUUCAGUCAACAAGGAGGUCCAGGGUAGAUUCACAUCAACUAACAAUGAUGAAGAUUACCAAGUGAAUAGCAUUUCAGGUGUAGGAGGUCCUGCUCCAGGGACUGGCAAUGCUGCACUGCAGCCUUCUUUGAAGCGAAGGAUUAAAAAAAUUCGACAAAGACUGAUGGCUCUUAAAUUUGAACUACCUGAGCCUCCACUUGGUGCUGAAAGUGCAGGUAUUGGAUACAGAACUGUAUUGGGAACUGCAAGGGCUAAAAUUGGGAGAUGGCUUCAAGAACUUCAAAGGCUUAGGCAGGCCAGAAAAGAAGGGACUGCGAGUAUAGGAUUAAUAGUUGGAGAAAUGAUCAAGUUUUUGGAGGGAAAGGAAAUUGAGCUUCAUGCAUCUCGCCAAGCUGGGUUUCUUGACUUUAUUGCUUCAGCACUGCCUGCAUCUCACACAUCAAAGCCUGAAACAUGCCAGGUGACUGUAUACUUCUUAAGGCUUCUGAGGGUGGUACUCUCCAUUCCUGCAAACAGGAGUUAUUUUCUUGCACAAAAUCUGUUGCCUCCAAUUAUCCCGAUGCUCUCUGCAGCUCUUGAGAACUAUAUCAAGAUUGCAGCUUCAUUAAAUGUUCCUGGAAGCACCAACCUGUCAACAAGCAAAAUGUCAAUGGAGAAUUUUGAGUCCAUUUCCGAGGUGUUAGAAGGCUAUUUAUGGACUGUUGCUAUGAUUAUCGGUCAUAUCUCCACUGAUGAGCGACAACUUCAAAUGCAGGAUGGUUUGCUGGAGCUUGUGAUUUCUUAUCAAGUUAUUCACCAUCUUCGAGAUCUCUUUGCUCUGUAUGAUAGGCCACAGAUAGAAGGCUCUCCGUUUCCUUCAUCUAUUCUGUUAAGUUUAAAUCUUUUGGCAGUUUUAACAUCCAAACCCAGGACCAUUUCUUCCAUCAAUUGGGAAUCUUUUCCAUCUAAAAUUGUGUCAGUGAAUGAAACUCAGGGAGAUAAUUUUGCAGAAUUAGAUGAUCUUAGUAUUUCCUCUGUAAAUACCAGCAGUGAAGAUAAAAGAUCCUUGCUAAUUGUGCCAAGUGUCAGCAAAGACAUACCUUUAUCGAAUGUUGUGGAGGGCAAGCCAUUAGAUGAAUCAUGUAAAAUUAAUAAGGUUGACAAGUCAGUAUCUAGUGCCAGGGAUCCUGAUAUUACAAUUGAGUUGAAUGAUGUUAAUUCAGUGGUAGAAAUGCAUGUAACAGAUGUUUCAAUUGAGUCCCAGAAAAGUCUAUGUGAGGGGAGUAACAAGUCCUUGCCUCCAAAGGUUGAAAAGAGCUCAAUGGAUUUUGGUGAUGAACAAAAGAAUGAGAAUAUUCAGUCCUCGAAGCCACCUGUGGCGUUUCUUCUUUCUGCUGUUGCUGAGACAGGGUUAGUGAGCCUUCUGUCACUAUUAACAGCUGUCCUAUUACAGGCAAACAACAGGCUGUCCUCUGAGCAGGCCUCAUAUGUUCUUCCAUCAAAUUUUGAAGAAGUAGCAACUGGAGUAUUAAAGGUGCUGAACAAUCUGAUGCUUUUGGAUAUUACUCUUAUGCAGAGAAUGCUACAACAUAACUCUUUAACAUCUCUCAACUGUGUCAUCGACUUCCACGUGAAUUGUGCACAGGCUAGACCUGACCUGAAAAUGGAGUUCUUCCACUUAAUGAGUUUCCUACUUACUCAUUGCACAAGCAAGUGGAAAAUAGCUACAGAUCAGGUGGGUUUGCUUCUUCUUGAAUCCCUGCUUCUUCUUGCUUACUUUGCUCUUUUCCAUCGUGGAAAUCAAGCCGUCCUUCGAUGGGGUAAGAGCCCCACAAUCCUUCACAAGGUCUGUGAUCUUCCAUUUGUAUUCUUCAGUGACCCCGAGUUGAUGCCCAUCUUGGCUGGUACACUAGUGGCAGCCUGCUAUGGGUGUGAGCAGAACAAGGAUGUAGUUCAGCAGGAACUCAGUACAGACAUGUUGCUAUCUUUGCUCAGAUCAUGCAAAAAUGCAUCGCCUACUAAAUCUGAUUCAUCACCCCCGGACAAUUCAUUGAUGGAUGAUUCAUGUGAGAGGAAUCAAUCUGGCCCAGAACCUAGAAAGCUUCAAGUUGACGGCCCUGUAAGGUCAAGCCGUAGCAACCUAAGAAGCACUCGGGUUUCUUCAGGGAAAGGCAACGUUGUGGGAAAUUUUACUAGAAUAGGUAAGGUGAAAAAUCAAAAGGAUGCUAAACCAAUGAAAAAAUUUGAAGAGUGGCCUCCCAAGCACAACCUUCAGGCAUCUGAACCUUCCUCCACUUUGUUGUUGCACAAUCGAUUCCCUAGUAGCUUUAUUGAUCGGGCAGAGGAGUUCUUCUCAGAAGGAAUUCCAAAUAUGCAAGAUGAUGAAUGAUCAAGCUAAUACAAAGCUCCAUGGUUUGAUUUCAUUUCAAGCUAGAAAACUCUGGGUUUCUGGAGCAAAUUUCUUUCAAUGUCAUUGUUGUUACCUAUAGCAGUUGUGGUAACAGAUCCUGACUUCGCAUUCUGCAUGGGAAUCCUGCUAAGAACUGCAAUGGAUCAGUUUCAAAUUCUGCUUCCAUUCAUGUACAUAAGAGAGAGAUCGUCAGACACGCAACUAGGUGAUUUCUCUUGAAGGUAGUGACAGAUGAGGGAACAAAUCCCCCAUUGUGCUUUCUGCAUGGGAGUCCUGCUAAGAAGCUGAAAUGGAUCGGUUUUGAAUUCUGCUACCAUUCGUGUACAUAAGAGAAAUCAUCACUGCUAGUUGAUUUCUUUUGAAGGUGGUGGCAGAUGAAAGAGCCAAUUCUCGUGGAAGUUCAUAUUUUUCCUAUAUUCACCAAGCUGACAUCAGAACCAUAUUUCCAUAGUCAAUUGGAUGACAGCAUUAUUGAACUCAACCCUGAAGCACUGCUUGUAAGCCUCUUUUCUGAUAACCAUGUCUCUAGGAUCAAUGGGACAAAUGGCAAGAUUUUAUUGAUGGAUCCCAGACAUUGCGUAUGAGAUCUUUCAUCUGGGUCCUUUGUCAGCUUUAUCAGGGUGAGUUAUUAAAGGUACAGGAGGUGAAUUACAGGUUAUUGGUAAAGUUACACUACAGAAUAGCUGCAAGUGGGGAUAUUUAUCGCUUCCUGGUUUUGGAAUAUAGUAUCGGGUGUCUAACUUCAACUUUGGUAGAUGGAGGGUAACCACAAAACCAGUAUCGAGGGCAUUGAUUUAAAAUUUUGUAUGUACCGGGUGUGUCCGAUACUUGUUCCUUAUGAGUUGGCUACGUGCAAUAUAACUUAAUGGAAACUGGGCACGCUUGUUCUUGCAUCCUCAGUUCCUCACCAUAUAUUGAUAAGUAACAUCUCAGAUUUUUUU